AUCUCGUUUCUUUUGUUUUGUGUGUUAUCUUAUCUCCGCCUUUGAGCUGGGGUCGCCGGUAACGGCAGCACUGAGCUGUAAGUUCCCCGCAGACGCUGACAGCUGCCUGUGCUGACAGAGCAGGGGCAGCGCAUUAGUAAUUCCUGCUGCUUGUGCCCUACUGUAUGUAACGUUACCGGAACGGUGGCUGUCACAGGUCCGGGAACGGGAGCUUUGUCCAGGCAGUCAGCACAGAGGAGGAGGCGGAUACCACUUUGUCAUACAGAUCUCUAAUGGAGGAACAAUCCUCAUGGGGUGAGGAUGGACUGGAAGAAGAUGAAGAACUGGAUGAUACUGAGGUGGAGAACUCUGGAAGAGCACCCCCAUCUGGGAAGGCAAGCAGCUUUUUGACCAAGAGGGGCAUAACCCUAAGGGUUCUCCUAAAGGAUGGCUUGAUAGAGCCUGGCCAAGGAGUCCUAUCUAUACACUACCUGGGAAGAAAGUUUCAGGGUGACCUCUUAAAUGAUGGAAAAAUUAUAUGGCAGGAGAGUGGUCAGGCAUUUAACUCUCCCAGUGCAUGGGCCACACACUGCAAACGACUAGUUAACCCUGCCAAGAAAUCUGGUUGUGGAUGGGCAUCUGUACGUUACAAGGGACAGAAGUUAGACCAGUACAAAACUGCUUGGCUGAGACAGAACCAGCUUCAUGGGUCAGCUGCUGAAGGCCAAAGUCCACUAACUGAGGGGGAGGAAGAUGAUCUGCUGGAAGAGGAGACAGAAGUGUUCUCUCAAUAUAAAAAGACAGGUAAAAUGGAGCCAAAUGGCAGCAAGAAAGAACAGGUUCAGAGAUGCAACCAUGCUGACAGUCGUACACCUGUGAGAUUUUCCACACUGGGGAGUCGGGAUUCAGCAAGGGACCCACAUACCUUGGUUCAACUUACCUCUUUUAUGGCUUUGAACAAGUUCCAGCCUUUCCAUGUGUCUGUUUCCAGUAACGCCCUCCUGCUGUUGGAUUUCCACAGCCACCUGACACACAGUGAAGUAGUGGGAUAUCUUGGGGGACGCUGGGAUACCAACAGCCAGUUACUGACAGUGCUCCGUGCCUUUCCCUGCCGUUCCCGUUUAAAAGACACAGAGAUGGCUGGAGCAGUAGAAGAGGAGAUCUGUCAUAAUCUGUUUGUACGUGGCCUGUGUUUGGUUGGCUGGUACCACAGUCAUCCCUUCAGUCCCGCUCUGCCAUCUCUUCAGGAUAUUGAGACCCAAAUGGAUUACCAGCUAAAACUGCAGGGCUCAGACAACAGCUUCCAGCCAUGUUUAGGUCUGAUAUGUGGACCAUAUUUCCAAGGAAACCAGGGAAAUCAGUCUGCAAUCUGUCCUUUCUGGGUCAUGCCUCCUGCUGAGCAUCGGUCAAAUGAUUAUGGGAUUCCUAUGGGGGUGGAAAUUACAUACGUACAGGACAGCUUUCUAACCAAUGACAUCCUGCGUGACAUGAUCAUGCUGGUUGAGUUUUAUAAGGGAGGACCAGAUCAAACUGCAUUCCAGGACAUCUGGAAUGAAGGGAAGACUUUUCUGGACAAAAUAAAGGGAUCUUUGGCCAGCAGAACUCCCAAGGAUCCAGGAUUUGAAACUGUUCUGGAGCAAAUUUAUAACCUUCUCAUGCAGCUAGGCUAAUAAAAGCCUCUGAAACUUGUAAUAACCUUCCAGUUUCUCUCAUCAUAGGAAAGUUCUGGUUAACAAUUCCCUAACAUUAAAUAAACAUGUGCACGAUAACAAAAUUGUGUGUGAGAAGGGGUAUAUGUUGUAUCUAGCAGAAAAAAGAGUAAAGUGGACCAAUGGAGACGUUGCCCAUAGCAACCAAUCACAUCCACCUAUCAUUUUAAAGAAUGUCUUGAUAAAUUCUUCUUCAAAGCUGUUUGGUUGCUAUGUGCAACUUCUCCAUUCUUUUCACUGCUUGAUACAUCACAACUUUUGUUACACUCCCCACAAUUUCAUACCGAUACCCUUCCCCUAGACCCCCAACAGGUCGUGUUUUUAGGAUUUCUAUUGGUGGAAACAGGUGGGAUAAUUACUGGGUCUGCAAAAUUAUCUUUUGUACUGCACCACAAGGGAACCACAGCGCCUUGCAGAAUAUGUAGACAUUAUAAACAGAACAAGAAAGAAAAUGAACUUACAGAACAAAACAUGGACAAAGUUUAUAAACAUUUCUGCAGCAGCAGUCAUAGUAACCAAAUAAGCAGCAUGGCGACUAAACACACAGGCUUAAUGUAGUUGUUGGCAGUGGGAUAGUGAUGGUUUAACCACUUAACCCCCACUCCCCCCCCAAAAAAAAAAUCUCCAGAAAUUGUAAUUUCUUUUAUUUAAUAAAGUUACAAAAAAUAUUUAAAUAUUUUAUUUAAAAAAUAUAUAUCUGGGGGGUGUUUAUAAACUUGCCCCUUCCCCUGCAAAAAAUCCCCUUUUUUGCACCUCUUCCUACCUUGUGUCCAAUGUUUUUUGGGGAAAAAUAAUAAAUCUUUUAA